AGUCCGGGUCGGGGGAAGCCUGUCGCGGGGCCCUCGCCGUCGGCGGAGCCAGCCCCGAGCGCUGCCCGACGGAGCCGGGACCAUGGGGAGGGCGCGCCGCUGGCCACGCGUCGUUCCCAGGUCCGCGCUGGGACGGCUGCUCCUGCUGCUGAGCGCGCUGGCCCCGGGCCGCGCCUCCCCGCGCCUCUUGGACUUCCCGGCUCCGGUCUGCGCGCAGGAGGAGCUGAGCUGCAGAGUCAAGAACAGUUCCUGCUUGGAGGACAGCUGGGUCCACCCUCAAGACAUGACUCCGUCUUCCCCGAAGCACGUCAGUGUCCAGCUGAACUUUUCCUCCACCCGGCACGGAGACCUCGUCCCUGUGUUGCACAUUGAGUGGACGCUGCAGACAGAUGCCAGCAUCCUGUACCUCAAGGGCGCCGAGCUGUCCAUCCUGCAGCUGAACACCAACGAGCGGCUGUGUGUCGAGUUUGAGUUUCUGUCCAAGCUGCAGCAUCAUCGGAGGCGGUGGCGCUUUACCUUCAGCCACUUUGUGGUAGAUCCUGGCCAGGAGUAUGAGGUGACCGUCCACCACCUGCCCAAGCCCUUCCCUGACGGGGACCCAAACCACAAGUCCAAGAUAUUCUCUGUGCCUGACUGUGAGGACGCCAGCAUGAGGAGGACUACAGCAUGUGUGAGCUCAGGCAGCCUGUGGGACCCCAGCAUCACCGUGGAGACCUUGGACAGCGAGGAGCUGCGAGUGAGCUUCACCCUGUGGAACGAAUCCGCCCCCUACCAGAUCCUGCUGGACAGUUUCUCACUCGCAGAUAACCAGAGCUGCUUUUAUGACUCUAAGCAAGUACCUGCGCCCAGACAAGAAGAAUUCCACCAGCGCGCCAACGUCACAUUCGCUCCACACAAGUCCAAGUUGUGCUGCCACCACUACGUGCAGGUCCAGCCCUACUUCAGCAGCUGCCUGAAUGACUGCUUGAGACACGCUGUGACUGUGCGCUGCCCAGAAAUCUCAGUGGCCCCAGAUUCCACUGCAGGCUACCUUCCCCUCUGGGUGUACGGCUUCAUCACGGUCAUCGCCAUCCUGCUAGUGGGCUCCGUCAUCCUACUGAUCGUCUGCAUGACCUGGAGGCUUUCUGGGGCUGACCCUGAGAAACGUGGUGAUGACUCCAAAUUCAGCGGCAUCUUGCCCACAGCCGACCUGACUCCCCCACCGCUGAAGCCCAGGAAGGUCUGGGUCGUCUACUCGGCAGACCAUCCACUCUAUGUGGAGGUGGUCCUAAAGUUCGCCCAGUUCCUGAUCACUGCCUGCGGCACUGAGGUAGCCCUCGACCUCCUGGAAGAGCAGGUUAUCUCAGAGGUGGGCAUCAUGACCUGGGUGGGCCGACAGAAGCAAGAAAUGGUAGAGAGCAACUCCAAAAUCAUCAUCCUGUGCUCCCGAGGCACCCAGGCCAAGUGGAAGGCCAUCUUGGGUUGGGCUGAGCCUGCCGUCCAGCUACGGUGUGACCGCUGGAAGCCUGCUGGGGACCUUUUCACGGCAGCCAUGAACAUGAUCCUGCCGGACUUCAAGAGGCCAGCCUGCUUCGGCACCUACAUUGUUUGCUACUUCAGCGGCAUCAGUAGUGAGAGCGAUGUCCCCGACCUUUUCAACAUCACCUCCAGGUACCCACUCAUGGACAAAUUUGAGGAGGUUUACUUCCGGAUCCAGGACCUGGAGAUGUUUGAACCUGGCCGGAUGCACCACGUCAAAGAGCUCACAGGGGAAAAUUACCUGCAGAGCCCCAGUGGCCGGCAGCUCAGGGAAGCUGUGGUCAGGUUCCGAGAGUGGCAAGCCCAGAACCCCGACUGGUUUGAACGUGAGAACCUCUGCUUAGCAGAUGACCAAGAGCUCCCAUCCCUGGAGGAAGACGUGUUUGAAGACCCGCUGCUGCCACCAGGAGGAAGAAUUGUCAAACAGCAGCCCCUGGUGCGGGAGCCCCCUUCUGGAGGCUGCCUUGUGGUAGAUGUCUCUGCCCAUGAGGAAGAAAGUGGAAUGGCAAAGCUGGUUCCCCAACUGCGGCCGCAGAGCGAGCUGGAGGCUCAGACCCUCCAAACCACGGUGCUGCCUGCUGAACAGGUCCCUGCAGCUGGCGUGGUGGACCCUGUCCACUUUCCGGAUGGCACCGGAGCAGCUACCCAGCUGACCCUGGCCGAGGACAGCGAGGCCUGCCCCCUGCUGGGGGUGCGGAGGAACAGCAUCCUCUGCCUCCCCGCGGACUCAGACGAGCCGCCUCUCUGUAGCACUCCCAUGUUACCACCCGACCGCCUCCACAGUGAGGCGAGGGAGCAGCUAGAAAGCCUGAUGCUGUCGCUGCUGCAGCAGAGCCUGAGCGGACAGGCCCCGGAGAGCUGGGCGAGGCCCGCCGCGGCCCUCAAGGACUGCACACCCUCCGAGGAGGAGCAGCGGCAGUCCGUGCAGUCCGACCAGGGCUACAUCUCCAGAAGCUCCCCGCAGCCCCCCGACUGGCUCACUGACGAGGAAGAGCUGGACCUGGGCGAGUCAGCCGAGCCUCUCUCUCCUGCCGUCCUGCAGAACCUGAGGAGCCUCCAGCGGCAGCUCUUCUUCCAGGAGCUUGAGAAGAACCCCGGACGGGACAGCUUGGAACCAUGGAGACCCGCCACAGAGGAGCAGGCCCCGUCCUAGGGCCCCCUGAUCCCGGGGUGCUUAGGAGAAUGUAUGAUGUACUGUCGUGUGCUUAUAUGUGUGGAAAGCGCCUGCUUUGAAAUGUGGCUAUCUAAGUCUGGCAUAGUGUUGUGUCCCUGAAGUCCCAGCUCCUGGGGACAGACUUGAUGAUCUCCUAGACCCAAGGGUUCAGGGCCAGGGUGAGCACCAUAGCAAGACCUCAGAAGAAUAACAUAGACAUCUUGAUUCUGAUCCCUAGGCUCUCCCCUUUACAUAUGUCUAUGUGGUCAUCAUGGCACAAGAGUCCACAACCCAUUUUCAUUCACCCUUUGACAUUGUAUUCUGUGCCUACCAUACAUCAGGCAUUUGGGAUUCAAAAACAAGUUACCUGACACAGCCUCGGCCAUGUAAAGUCCAGAAAGGAUGCACCAAGCAAGGUGGCACACACCUUCGAUCCCAGCACUCGGGAGGCAGAGGCAGGAGGAUCUCUGUGUGUUCAAAGCCAGCCUAGUCUACAAAGUGAGUUCAGGACAGCCAGGGCUCUGUUACACACAGAAACCCCAUCUCAAAAUAAAUAAAUAAAGACCAAAUCUAGUCAGGAUGAAAAAUUAACCAGGAUGACAAUUUUAGACAUGAGGCUCAAUAGAGGACUGCUGCCCCGAACUGCAAAAGAACCCCAAGAGCCUGGGGGCGUGAGGUCUGGGCAAGGGGAAGCUGCUUUCCUGGGAGAGGAGCAGCCUGUGGACUGGGUGUUCGGAAGGAGCCGGCGCUCGGGGGAGAGAGUUUCGUGGACUAGGCUGGGAGCAGCUGGGGCUCCGUUCCUAAGUGGAUCUGCUGCCCUGUGGGGAGAAACUGCAUGCCAGAUAUGCUCAGAAGCCUGCUCAGAUCAGAUUUUUAGAAAGUCGGGAUAGAAAUGGGUGAGGCAAAGCCGGAGAAGCAGAGUGUGAGAUCCUGAGCGCAAGCGCCGGCUGCCAGGCCGGGGGAGGACUGUGGCACGUGACUGCAUAGGCCGCAGCCACCCACCUGAUCCCAGCAGCGUGGGAGCCUGCGGUCCCUCAGCUCUACCUCGGGGUGGGGGGUGGGGGUCGCAGGACAGUGGAGAACGUGGCAGGCCCUCCAGGGUCAGAGGAACUGCCCAAGGUGUGAGGACAGGUUGUUUAAGGUUGCUGGGCGCCCUCUUGAGGCAGAAAGCAGGCUCGCGCCUUGGAUCCCAGAGCAUGCGCAAGUAUGCAUGCCCUGAAGCCCAGGGCAACCCGCUGCCAACUUUUCAGGCUUUGGCAGGAAAAGGACCGUGAAACGCUGUGGGGAAAGAAAAGGCAGUGAUUGUGUGUGUGCAUGUGUGUUUACAAUAAUAAAGUUGUUAUGUUGGUAA